AUGACAGUCUCAGACAAACUCGACGUUCGUCGCAUUGCCAUUAUAGGCGCCGGUCCAAGUGGUCUUGCAGCCGCCAAAUAUCUCCUUGCAGAAAAGAAGUUCUCCAAGAUCCGUGUAUUCGAACAACGUGCUACACCAGGCGGUGUUUGGAAUUACACCCCUCUAGCCCGAGAGCAAGGCUUCUCAGUCCCUAGAACCACGCCAAGUUAUGCGCCAGAUCAAGCACUUUGGCCCAACGACCAUGGAGACGUCGAGUUCAUGUCUCCCAUCUACGACCUUCUUGAGACAAACAUUCCUCAUUCUCUCAUGAGAUACAGCGAUAAGGAAUUCCCGCAAGGCUCAUCUUUGUUUCCUCGUCAUAGCGUUGUGCUACAGUAUCUCAAAGACUACGCUCAAGAGAUCAUUCCUCAUAUCUCGUUUCAAACUCAAGUUUUAAAUAUUGAGAAACCGACUAAGGAUCGCUCGCAGCCAUGGUCCGUUGAAGUACUUGAUCUGAAAGCCAACAAGGUCAUCAAAGAUGAGUAUGACGCUGUUGUGGUGGCGAGCGGACAUUACAAUGAUCCUUUCAUCCCUGAUAUCGCCGGCCUGGUCGAGUUUGAUAAGAAGUACCCAGGUGCCAUUUCGCACUCCAAGUUCUACCGACGACCCAACGACUUCAAAGACAAGAAAGUUAUUGUUGUCGGCAACUCUGCAUCUGGUAUUGAUGUAAGCGCACAACUUGCCAGCGUCGCAAAACAUCCUAUCUUUGUGUCCGAAAAAGAGAAGGCAACUGUGAUACCACCUGCAAAGGAGCCAUGGGCAGCCGGUGUUCCGGAGAUCGUCGAGUUCCUCCCCGAGCAGCGAGGCGUCCGUUUCGCCAAUGGCCAGGUCGAGACUGACAUUGAUGCUGUGCUGUUCUGCACUGGUUUUCAUUACUCGUAUCCAUUCCUCAAAUCUCUUGAUCCUCCUAUCGUGGUACCCAGCGGUGGGCAUGCCGCUCAUCUUUGGGAACAUAUUCUUUACACUGCAGACCCGACUCUCUCAUUCCUCAGCGUUCCUCAACGCAUUGUCCCGUUCCCUAUUGCAGAGGCACAGAGCGCUGUGGUUGCCCGCGUCUGGUCUGGUCGUCUAAGUCCACCAACUGAAGCUGCAAUGGAGGCAUGGGUAGAGGAGCAACACAAAAGCAAAGGAGAAGGCAAGGCAAUUCAUGUUAUGUCCUUCCCUGAAGAUGUAGACUACAUCAAUCGCCUGCAUGAGAUGAGCAAGACGGCAGUCAAAGCCCUUGAACUGGGUCUCGAGAAUGAAGGGGAGGGCAAGAUGCCGCCAUAUUGGGGACUGGACAAGAGGUGGGUGCGGGAGAGGGUGCCAAAGAUCAAGCUGGCGAGCAGAGCUGCGGGCGAGAAAAGACACGAGUUGAGGACAUUGGAAGAUCUCGGUUUUGAUUACGAGGAGUGGAGGAGGACUGCUGAGGAGGGGGAGAAGCUCUUCUAA